AUGACUUCCGCUAGUAGUAAAUUCUUCACCAUCCUCAUGUUCAUCUGCCUAGCCCUUCUACUUUUUUCCACUUCGGAGGUGGAAGCAAAAGUGUGCCAAAAGAGAAGUAAAACAUGGUCAGGGUUUUGUGCUAAUUCAGGAAACUGUAAAAGACAGUGCAUCGAUGUGGAGAGUGCAACUUUCGGUGCUUGUCACCGUCAAGGGAUUGGUUUGGCUUGCUUCUGCUAUUUCAAAUGCUGA